AUGAUGAGUACGGGUAGACUGCGUUUUGCUGUUAGCUGUUCUAGCAACAUGAAUCGAAGUAUGGAAGCCCACAGUUUUUUGCAAAAACGCGGUUUCAACGUUGAGUCUUUUGGUUCUGGCAGCCAAGUGAAGCUUCCAGGACCGUCUCCAGAUAAACCAAACUGCUAUGAUUUUGGAGUGGCUUCCUACGAUUUUAUUUAUAACGAUUUGAAACAGAAGGACUUUCAACUCUAUACACAAAAUGGUUUAUUGAAUAUGUUAGAUAGAAAUAGGCGAAUCAAAGAAAUGCCGCAGAAAUUUCAACAUUUCAAAGGAAAGUUUGAUGUUAUUAUUUGUUUGGAGGAACGUGUAUAUGAUCAGAUCUUGGAAGAUUUACAAACUCGUGAAACGAAUGAACAAGAGAGCGUUCAUGUGAUAAAUAUUGAUAUUCAAGACAACCACGAAGAGGCAACAAUUGGAGCUCUUUUUGUUUGCGACCUUUGUGCAAAGCUAGAGGCCUGCGAGGAUUUGGAUAACGAGAUUGAUGAGGUAUUGAAUGAGUUUGAGCAAAACAAUCCAAAACGAAAUAUUUUACAUACUAUAUGUUUCUAUUAG